AGGCUACGGAGCUUCCACCAAGCAUAUUUGCGAUUGAACUAGUGACUCAAAUCAUUCUGUGUUCUUCUGGGUUAACUGAAAAGGCUAGGCCAUUGUUGAAUAGAGAUACAGAGUGCUGUAGUCAACCAAUCUACUUCACCAAUCACUGCUUGAUUCGGACAUGCCCAUCACCACCUACUGAUUUCCUGCUUUGCAUUUUUUGCUUUUGCUUUUGCUUCAGUUUUCUUCUUCAGGACGCUAUUUUCCUCAACUGCAAGACCCAAACACGACCUUAUCCGCUUCGUUCUUACUGCAAUUCUAAUUUACUUUUCUCUCAAUGUCUCUACUUCUCCCAAGCACUUCAGCUCAAUUAGUUGCGAACACCAAAUCAAGUAAAGUCCAAUGUUUGUACAGAGUGGUAGACUUAGAUCACACAAUAUGUGAAUGGACUGUUUCAACGAAAACUUUUUGUCGAUGUACAGAUUUUGAGAAUAGAAAGAAUAGCCAUAGUUAUAAAUAUUUACGGAUUCGGAAGCAUAAUUUAUUUUACAAAACAAAAAGGGCUCGGAACAUCCUUCCAUUUGCAUCUGCUGAUGAUGGUGUGGCAGUUAAUGGAACUUCUGAAGCUAGCACGAGUAGUGAUGUUGAAGCAAUGAGAGUUAGUCUAGAUCAAGCCUUAAAGAAUGAGGACUACAAUGAUGGUCUUGUCCAAUCUUUAUACGAUGCAGCUAGAUUUUUUGAGCUAGCAAUCAAAGAGCAAAGCUCGUUGUCCAAAGUAUCCUGGUUUUCAGCUGCAUGGAUUGGUGUUGACAAAAAUGCAUGGGCAAAGACACUGUCGUAUCAGGCUUCUGUAUAUGCUCUGUUGCAAGCCGCCAAUGAGAUCUCUUCACGUAGGGACGGAAGAGACAGGGAUAUAAAUGUUGCCGUUCAGAGAAGCUUAUUACGGCUUUCUGCUCCUUUAGAGAGUAUAAUCAGGGAGAAGUUAUCUGGCAAGCAGUCUGUACUGUUUGAAUGGUUUUGGUCCCAGAAAAUUCCAGUUGUGGUAGCAACUUUUGUCAAAUAUUUUGAGAGGGAUCCUCGCUUUAGGGCUGCCACCAUGUCUGGCAACAGAAUGACUGUGGGUUCUGGUAGUUCCAAUGAUACAUCACUCCUUAUGCUAGCUUUGGUAUGUACAGCUAUAGUUUUAAAGCUUGGGCCAGCCAAGGUUUCUUGUUCACAGUUCUACUCCAUGAUUCCUGAUAUAACUGGUAGUUUGAUGGACAUACUAGUAGCUACCACUUCUAUUCAUGAAGCAUACCAUGCAGUAAAGGAAAUUGGUCUUUGCAGAGAAUUCUUGGUUUAUUUUGGACCCCGAGCUGCAUCUUGUGGGUUAACAGAUGAUUCUGUAACAGAUGAAAUGGUUUUUUGGGUGGACCUUGUGCAGAAACAGCUACAAAAAGCUGUAAGCAGAGAGAAACUGUGGUCCAGACUCACAACAUCUGAAAGCAUUGAGGUGUUAGAGAGGGACCUUGCUAUAUUUGGAUUUUUUGUUGCCCUGGGCAGAAGUACAAAGUCCUUCUUGGCUGCAAAUGGCUUUGAUAAAAUUCCUGAACCAAUUGAGGGCUUCAUCAGGUACCUUGUUGGAGGAUGUGUGCUGUAUUAUCCGCAGCUCUCUUCGAUAAGUUCUUAUGAACUGUAUGUGGAGGUAGUCUGUGAAGAGUUGGACUGGCUUUCUUUUUAUCCUGGCUACAGUAACACUGUUAAAAGCUCCCCUGGUCAUAAAGACAAAUCCGAGUCUCCUCCAAAUUUCGAAGCUGUACCACAAGCUCUAGAAGUUUGUGCACGUUGGAUUCGUGUCUUUAUUAAACACAGUAAGUGGGUGGAGAACCCUUCCAAUGUGAAAGCAGCAUGGUUUCUUUCAAAAGGACUUCACGAACUUGGGAAUUGCAUGGAAACACUGGGACUGCUAAGGGAUGAAUUCGUCAGGGUAAAGCCUGAUAAAUCUGUUGAAAGAGGUCAAGGUAAAUCGAGCUUCAGUUCUAGGAAGGAUUCAGAUUCUUUCGACAAGGCACUUGAAAGUGUUGAAGAAGCCUUGGUAAGAUUGGAGAAAUUAAUACAGGAGAUGCAUGUAUCAAGCUCUAGUUCUGGAAAAGAGCAGCUAAAAGCUGCUUGCUCUGAUCUUGAAAAAAUAAGAAAACUUAAGAAAGAAGCGGAAUUUCUUGAGGCAUCUUUUAGAGCUAAGGCUGCUUCUCUCCAGGAGGAAAAUGAUGCUGAAUCAAGUUCCAUCGAUGAUGAAAGCAACUUUAAUGGCAAAGAUAUUACCCGUGUGCAGGAAAAGAAUAAUGGUAAUCCUCGUGGUUUAUGGACCUUCCUCUUCCGUCCUUCGGUGAAGAAGCCUGACCUAGAAUCUUCCAAGACUGCUGAUAUAACUGAAAAUGGAUCCUUUGGGUUAUCUGGCCGGCCAUGUGUGGAUUCUGAAAAGUCAGGUUCUAAUGACAUUCACCGUUUUGAACUCUUAAGGAGUGAGCUUAUGGAGCUUGAAAAACGAGUUCAGAUAAGUACUACAGAGUCUGAAAAUGAAGAGGAUAUCGAGUACCCCAAUGUUGUUAGGGGUGGUGAACUUGUACCAGUGCAGAAGAAUACAAGCUUAAUUGAAAAGUCUUUGGAAAAGCUAAAAGAGACGAGCACGGAUGUUUGGCAAGGCACUCAACUUCUGGCUAUUGAUGUUGCCGCUGCAACGGGGCUUCUCAGAAGAUCAAUAAUAGGAGAUGAACUAACUGAAAAGGAAAAGAAGUUUCUUCGUAGAACCCUUACAGACAUGGCUUCUGUGGUUCCUAUUGGAGUUCUCAUGCUUCUCCCUGUAACUGCAGUUGGACACGCAGCUAUGCUUGCCGCCAUCCAAAGAUAUGUGCCUUCGUUGAUACCUUCUCCUUAUGGGUCAGAACGGCUGGAUCUUCUAAGGCAGCUAGAGAAAGUGAAGCAGACUGAUACCAAAGAUUCAACACUUGAGGAGAAUACCGAGAAUUAAGCUGAAGUUGAACCAAACCGAAACAAUCAUUCUAACUACCGGACAUAAAAGGCAAUUUCAUACGACUUAACCUUAGUUUCUCUUGGUUCUGAAGUCUUCUGCUAGUAGUACUCCUGGAAGACACCAAUGGCUGCAGUCUUCUACUUCUACAUCGGGAUUUUGAACGGUUUUUGAAAAGCUGGCUCAAGAUGGAUUGAUGGGUGCCCAUCCUUUCUGAAUUCAGACAGAUAUGUUAUAUUCAAAAAAUUAACCUUCAUUUUACCGGCUUCCAUUUCUCUAACCACAUCUAGAACAUAUUGGCUGAACAGCGAGUCUGCCUGCCGCCAUUUCCUGCUCGUCUCAGGUUCCUGGUUAUCUUUACAAAUACCCCCGUAUCCCAUUCACAUUCUUGUAAAUUCUUGAAGAUAUCUUCAAUUUUUUUGCCAAAGAUUAUAUAUGUUAAAGGCAACUAACAUGUAAAGAGUAGUGCCUGUAAUGAACUGAAAAAUUGCUUCGAAGGAUAAUUUGGCAUUUUUGUGGAUUCAAGUGCUGUUCUGCCCA